AAAUGUUACACUCGGUUCAAAUGAUUCGAACGAGUUCACUGUAUAGUGUUUACCAGUUUUGGUCAGACCUCGAAUAGUCUCGUACGCAUGGACAAUAUGCGCUUAUAUACGCGCUAGUGGUUUACCGUUUGAUAUAGGAAUGCGAGAUAGACAAAUAACUAUAUCAACAAUAUCAAGCAACAUUGAUUCGUAAUUGUUGUGAUGAAGAAGGCACGCCCAGGCGGUGGCAAAACAGAAAUUACCAAUUUAGGAAAGAAUGUAAAAGUGGGCUCGAGCUUUCCGACUGGCGGCAGACUGUUGAGUGUUUCUACUGGCAAAACUUCCUUGAAUAAGACUUCCAUGGCUCCGACGUAUAAAACUGCGAAAACUCAUAAAUCUUCGACGACAUUCGGAGUAGUAUGGAUACCUCGUCGGAAAACAAAUAAAUACCAUAGGGAUACAGUUUAUAAUUCCCACAAAAAUGAUCGCUCCUACAACAGAGCGCCAUCUAUGUACAAUUUUAUGUCGGGAGAUUCGCCCAGUCAUGACACACUGUUGAAGAAAAAGGACGAAGAAUCAGCCUUAAUAGUUCCUGAGCAUUCUGGACACAGUUCACUGGCUGCGGCUAGUGCUGGAGCGGCAAUCGCAGCUUCAGAACUUCCUCCAGACUUAGUCAGCACCAACCUAGAUGAAAAGCAGGAAUUUAUCAAGCGGGAGAAAGAAGACGACAAGGGAGCGGCUGGUGACAUAGACAGCAAGAAACAAGGCGAAAGCAUAGACAACAAGCCACAAACAGAGAAAGACAGAGAUAAAGAAGUGAAAACAGAGAAGGAAAAGCUAGGUGACAAUGUAGACAGUGUCUUUCUGAGGUCCCCUCCACCACAUAAAGCUCGUUCUAAUGCAUCUACCCCCCAGGAAGAAGAAGACUGUGGUAUAAAAUGCCUUUAUUAUACAUUGCAAUGUUGUGACUGUGUACUAAUGUAAGACAUUAUUUACAAAUGUAAUAUCAAGUUUUUCUUUAUAUGAAAUUCCAUUUGCUGUACUUACUAAAAGUAUAUAACAAACAAUCGAAAAAAACUGUUAGUAUCUAAAAUCUCAUAUUUGCAGCUUAACACACGAUGUUCUGAAAUGUCAUAAAGUUCCCAUACUCUUUUACUAUUCCAUGUAACACUAUUAUGAGAAUAGGAUAUUUGCCAGCACUCUUUGUUCCACAAACACCUCUGCUCACAGUCUGCUGACUGAUAGCAUGAGUUGAACAGAACAAAACAAAAACAAUUUGGUACAAUCAUCAUAAAUAGCAUAUGUUGUAUAUGGGGAACAGUGCAAUGCAACAAUCUACAAUAAUAAUCAAUUGCAAUAAACAAAAAGUAAUGAAUAAUCAUAUAAAAAUUUUCACAAGCAUUCAAUCUUAAUGAUUAACAGUUCAUAUUAUAUAAUUUUAAAUUAAUUCACAUACAGGGAAAUAAAUUCAAAUCAAAUUCUUGUAAUUUUUAAAUUCUUAGGGCCAAUUUCACCAUUACCUUAUUUAUAUAUUUUGCCUGUUAUUUGAUGUAAAGUAAGAUAGUGAUAAAAUUUACGGUUAUGAGUUUAAUUAAGAUUUAUUACAAGUAACAAAAUCAAUCGGUGCCAAUAUAGUUAAAUAAAAACUUAUAAUUAGUGGAGUGCCGUUAGGUUUAUACCUCGGAAUCCAGGGCCAGUCAAUAAAUCUUUAUAUAAACUUUCCAAAUGUUUAUUAUUAUAUACGACAAUUGUUAUUUUUAUUAAGUUUUCCUUCCUGCAUUCUCAUGAAAAUUCAGGAAUAUACUAUAGCUUAUAACAAUCACAUAUGGACCAAUAAUAUAACCAUAUUUAGAAUAUGCCAUUUUUAGUAAAAAGUUCAUACAUCAAUAGUCUCUAAUAAUUUUAAUAAAGACUUAACAAAACAGGAUGUUGAUUGUUUACCUGUCAAUUUUAAUGUAGUUCCAAUCAUAACUAUUUAAUGAGAGGUCUGAUUUUGAAUUUUUUUUACUACUGGAUAGCGACGUUUUGGUGAGUGUUUUAUGUUAUAGUUUAUUCGUGUAUUUUCACAAUAAUAAUUAUCUUAUAUAAUAAUAAUAAAUAAGUUGAAUGUGUACUAUUUAUUUUACAUUUUUCUAUACACUUUAAAAAAGACAUUUCCAAAGUUUUUAUAAAGAUUCAUUGGCUGACUGAAUGUGGAUUCCUAGGUUUGACAAUUUUUAAGUCUCCACUAAAUAUGUAAUUAGAUGUUUAACCUUUUGACUGCCAAUGAAGUUUUAUACGCAUAAACUGAAUAUUAUCCUUAUACAUUAUAAUAUGAAGCUUGCAAUAUCCUAUUAUAAAUAUAUAUGUCAUGUCAUUUUGCAGAAAUGUAAAAAUAGACUUGUCAAAUUUACCUAUAGUAGUAUUAUUAUAAAUAGAUACUGGACAGCAUAUGUUAAUUAUUUUUACUUGAAAGAGUGAUGAUGAGUGAUGUGCUAGGUGAAAGUAAUUUAUUUAGUAUCGUGUUACUCCAGGAUAGAUGAUAAUACAACGUAAGCUCAGUAAGGUUGAUUUGAAGGGGGCACUAUUUUUCAGAAGUUCAUUUCAAAUAACGAAUUAUUUUUUUAUUCUGCUAAUUACAUUGCAGAAAAUCAACAAAUUAAAUCUCAGUUCGCUAUUAUAAACUGAUAAUUGUUUAUUUUGUUCCUGGGUCUAAGGACUAUGGAACACCUACUAUGAGUAUGACGUAUUAUAAUAUGAUGGAGAAACGCUAGUAUGAAGGGGCUCUAAGUUGCGGUAGCAGUUAACCGCGGGAGCAGCUACCCACAAAAAAUAAUAUUAAAUUGGAAAAACAGCAAGCCAUGUAGUUCGCCGCUCCUGCGGUUCAUCGCUAUUGCAUUUGCGACCUUAGUGAUAUGACGUUAGCAAUAAGUUCCUGUUUAAAUUACCUACUAGUAUAUCUGAUGGAAAUCAGUCAGAUUUUUGUUUAGGUUAAGUUAGAGUAAAACUUUCUGGUACAAAUGAGAAAAAGUCGAAAUGUACCGUGCGUGGACCUUUUUCAUUGUACCAAUAUGGCCAUAUAAUUAUGUGGAUAUCCUUUUGAAAUACGGCAACAUAUGAUCUACUUAAGUUAUUUAGUCUGUAUUCACCAUAUUCUGACAAAUGUCUGAUAGCUUAUUCACAAGUAUAAUAAAAGUAAUAAAGUGCCAAAACUUACGGUUAGGCUAUUGAACACUUCAGAAGGUGCUCAACCGGCCCUUAGACAGCUAUAUCGGCUGAAACUUAUCUGGCCCGGUGAGUGUGGCUGUUGUCGCGCCUCGCCUGCAAUUUUCAACUAAGCGCACUUAUAUCAUAAUGUACUGGUAUAUAUGUUCUUAAAAACCGACUGACGUAGUGGGAUAAUGUUUAACGUGCGCUUCAUUUGUUAAGGACUUGGUUAAAUAAUAUAUUCCCGAUUUUCCUAAGGACUUGGUUAAAUAAUAUAUUCCCGAUUUUCCUUUACACAAUUUUCGCUGCCGGGUUUUUUAUCAAUUAAUUUAAUUUUUAUUCUAAAUUGUUUUUUCGUUUUUUUUUUUAGUUAAUAAAAGUAAUCAGACAUAAUAAAAUAAGAUAUUUUCUUUAAAGUGUCGAUUGAUCCUCAAUAUUAAAGCAAUAUUUGUUUUUUCGAAUAAUUGGAUGUGAUAUUUAUAUUGUGUUCUGCCUAUGUGCUGUUGUGUUCUUCUACAUGUUAUUUAUGCUGUGUUUACGUUUAUUUACACAUAUGUAAUAGUUAUUAUUAUUAAGUACUUACAUUCCAAUAAACCCAUAAAAAACAUGUGAUAACGAAAUAUAUUUUUUGAUGAUUUAGCUUUGUACUACAUUCAUGAAUUAAAUAGUUAUAAUUUUGAUAAUUAUUGAAUAAGGUUGUAUGAAUUUAAUAUUUGUAAUGAGGUGCAAGAAAGAUUCUGUAGUUUUAAUUUUUUAUACAAACUAUGUUUUGGACGUGUAGAAACUUUUCACGUACUUUGUAUGCAAUUUAAAGUCAAGGGUCCGUCCACUUUAGGAGUACGUCAUUGGCACUUGCUAAGAUAUAUAGUUAUUGUUAGGUAUAUUUUUCAUAUUAUGUGCAUUAUUACAAUUAAAGAUAUGUACACAUCUUGUUAACACUUGAAUAAAUAAUAUAACUCUA